GGAGGAGGAGGAGGAGGAGGUCAGACGUCAGGCGGAGGCCAGAGACAAGAAGGAUGAGCACAGCUCUGUGGAAGAGGAGGUGCAGUUUCAGUUGAUUCUCACCUACAAUGAUUUUGCUGUCCAGUGCUUCAACAGAGGCCUUUACGCUGAGGCCACUCUGCUUCUCAACAAGGCCAUCGAGGAGGAGAAGGGCCAGGCGGGCCUGUACCUGAACCGAGGAGACUGUUUCUUUAAGCAGGGUGAGUGGUGUUAUGCUCUGGCUGACUACCAGCAGGCUGAGGAGAUGAUGCGGCCUGAUGACCCUGAUGUCCGGCUCCGCCUCGCUGUCCUUCACAACUCGCUGGGCUCUUUCUGCUUCCAGGACGGGUGUUUCCAGGAAGCAGCUGACAUGUUUUCUCUGGCCAUCCAGUACAACUCCACAGCCAGUCAGUACUAUGAGAACAGAUCGAAGGCCUUUCGGAAGCUCCUGAACUUGGACGGAGCCAGACGGGACUUCAUCUGCAUGCUGAUCCUGGAUCCCGGCAACGAGGAGGUGCCUCCUGUGCUCAUGAAUCUGUUCCCUGGACGCAGCGUGUCUGAUGUUUUGUCCAGUCCAACAGGACAAGCAAUCAGAGUUCAGCUGAUGGACACCAUCCAGGCCUGCAGCUCGUCCUCCGAUCAACAAAGAUUGAGUGAGAAGCUCCUAAAGAUGACUCUGACCAGUGAGAACACAGCGGGCCCAUCAGUAGACCCCCCUGUCGCAGGAAAGGAGCUGAAGUUGUGUGUCAACCAACCGGAGAUGCAAUUGACUGUGAAGAGCCUUCUGCAGGUUAAGGAAGUGGUUCGGUCAUUUCUCCACAAUCGUCCAACUGUGCACCACACUGGGCCACGCCUCGACACACACCAGCCACCAUCACCAUCCACACAGUGAAACAGAACCAGUCCGCCUUUAGACACGAGAGGAGUUCUUACUACAACAAGACAUGUGGGGUGUUCUGAAACCACUGGUCAGAACUGAUAGUGGAAUUACUCUGGGUGGGACGAAAAAUCUGUUAUAAAUGUGUUUUUUUAAUCU